AUGGGAUGCGCCUCCCCGUCGUCGUGUGUGUGUGUCUCUCUCUCUCAACCGAGCUCGUUGUUGGUCGUUGUGCCUUUAGAGACAUCGGCCCCCCGCGUGCGCGUCAGGCGUUCAAGCUGCAAAGGGAUGGACAAGGACACAGAUCGGCUGCUGCCGCCCGAGCCGCGGGAGCGGCAGACAAGCUCUCGCUCUAACCAGAGCGUCGUCAGCGAGGAUGAGUUUGUCUACGAGGGCUGCAAUGCCUGCAAUCCCGUCCAUUGGAGCCACCGCUUCAUCUUUCUUCUUCUGAUCUGCUUCUUGUCCUUUGGCAACUACUUUGUCUAUGACAACCCCGCCGCGCUUCAGUCACAGUUCAAAAAGGAUAUGGACAUUAACACCAGUCAAUUUAUGCUCAUGUACUCCCUCUACUCCUGGCCCAACGUCGUCCUUUGCUUCAUUGGCGGGUUUCUGAUGGACAAGGUUCUUGGUCUCCGUCUCAGCGCCAUUCUCUUUGCCUCUUUCGUCGCUGCAGGACAGUGUGUGUGCGCGGUCGGUGCUUCCAUUGGAAGCUACCCCCUCAUUCUCGUCGGUCGCCUCAUCUUCGGUCUCGGUGGCGAGAACCUUGCCGUGGCCCAGAACACUUAUGCCGUGUCAUGGUUCAAGGGCCGUGAACUAAACAUGGUCUUUGGUCUCCAACUCUCUUUCAGUCGUGUUGGCAGCACUGUCAACAUGAUCACCAUGGGUCCCAUUUACAACGCCAUUGGCGAUGGCGAGGGCGGCCACCGUGUUCUUGGUACCGCCCUCUGGGUUGGUGCCGCCCUUUGCAUUUUUAGCUUGCUCACUGCUUUUGCUGCUGCCUUUCUGGACCGCCGAGCGCAACGGAUUUUGGGGCGUGGCGCCGCUGAAGUGGGCGAAAAGAUUCAGCUCAAGGACAUUCUUUCCUUCCCCUACAGCUUCUGGCUCAUCUCCAUCGUUUGCGUUGCCUACUAUGUGGCCAUUUUCCCCUUUAUUGGCCUCGCCUUGGCACUGUAUGAACAAAAGUUUGGCCUGCCAGCUGGCACCGCCUCAACCGCCAACAGCCUAGUAUAUACCAUUUCUGCCGUGGCUUCCCCACUCUUUGGCUACGGCGUGGACUUGUUGGGCCGUAAUCUGACCUGGUGUUUGGUGGCCAUCGCCACGACGCUCGGCGCACAUGCACUUCUUGCAUAUACGUUCAUCAACCCCUUUGUACCCGUGGUGAUCAUGGGUAUUGCCUAUUCCAUGUUGGCCAGCGCGCUGUGGCCGAUGGUGGCCUAUAUCGUCCCCGAGCAUCAGCUUGGCACGGCGUACGGCUUCAUGCAGGCUGUCCAGAAUCUGGGUCUUGCCGUGAUCAGCAUGGUCUCUGGCCUUAUCAUGGACUCAAAGGGCUACUUGUGGCUCGAGGUCUUCUUUUGUGCUUGCAUUUGCCUGGCACUGAUGACCUGUGUCCUUUUGUACCUGGACGAUGCGGCCAAGACGGGCCCGCUCAACUUGAGUGCGCAAGUCCGUCAGCAGAUUGAAGAUGCUGCCAAAAGUGCCGCCGAAAUUAAGCAAGAGGAAAGCGUUUAUGAGGACCGUCUCGUCAAGCCGCAAUCGCGAAUGCAGUUGCGCAACCGUCUCAUGUCCAAGCUGGGUCUUCAGUUGCCAGCUGGCGUGGCUCAGUCGAUGAUGGCCCGGAAUGAGCAACAACAACAACAACAACAACAACAACAACAACAACAACAACAACAACAACAACAACAACGAAAGAAGACGCUGGCCAAAGCGAGCGACUUGGGUUCAAAAGCGUACCUCGACAUGGCCGAGCGCCACCCAGGAGCCGUUGACGGUUGCGAGGAGCUGAAGUUUCUGCUGCACAGCCGGACUGGCAAAGAAGGACUGCAUUUGCGGCCGUCUCAGUCUCAAGCUGACCGUUACAAGAAGAUGGCGCGUCAGGCGGCUGGCGAGCCGGCGCAGGCGGCGCUGGCCGAUAAGGAUGCGCUCGCGGGGCUGAGAGCCUUUCUGGCCGAUGCCGAUGAUCGAAUCGCUGCCCUGGAAGCCUCGACCAGCAGCGAGGUCUCUGACAUGCAGCUCGACUCCGCCAAUACCUCCUUUGAUACGCUGCGUGAGAGUAUUGAGGAAUUGAAAAAACAAGUUCAUGUUGCAGAGGCACGCGCAGCUCGGCUCGAGAAGGAGCUCGUGGCUUCGGAGAUGCAGAUCGAUGCCGUCACACAUGCCAAGCAAGAGCAGCAACAGGUUUUGCAGACCCUGUUUCGAGCACCCCAAACCUGGCGCUUGCCCGCAGCCACGAAGCAUGCGCUGCAACAGGGACCCCAGACAGCCGUCAACCGUUGCAAGCUGCAGUUGGAUGUCGUUGCGGGCCAGUACAGCGCCGAUCUGGACAGCCUGGCCCACCAAGUUGCUGAGUUGCAGAGUGCCAGCGAAAGCGAUGCUAGUCAAAUGCACGAGCUGCACGAGCAGCUGGUUUCUGCACGCACCGAGCUCGCUCGUACCAAGGCCCACCUGAGUGUUUUUGAAGAGUCUGCCUCCCCAGACGAGGCGCAACGACUGAUGUUGCGGGACCGCGAACGGCUGGUACAAGAUGUCAACCAACUCACCCGCGAACUAACCGAGGCCAAGAAGCAGCUUGCAGGGGCCGAGGCGUUCAAAGACGCACAGCAUGCUCUGGAGCUUGCGCACAGCGACGCACAGCACCGUGCUGAGGUCAUGGCGGAGAAGAACGCCCAUCUUCAAUGGGAGGUACGAUCGUUAGCUUUGGACUAUUGUAUCAAUGCACGCAAGAAGCAGAUCCGUCGCUUCACCACCUUUUGGAUUUCGUCGCAGAUGGCCAACUUGCAGGAGCAACUGCAGUCGCUACAACACCAGCGCCGGCGCGAGGAACAGGAAACAAACAAUGCCCGAGACAUGCUGCGUGAGCAGCAAUGUAUCGUCGAAGCCUUGCAGUGCGUGUUGUGGGCUUUUAUCUUUGUCAAAACACCAAGCAUGCGCUGCGACCUAGUUUCACCGUCCAUGCUGGCUUCCAGGGCGCAGUCGCGCGAGUCUUUGCAGAAGGAGUUUGAUCGCCAGCUGCAGGAGAUGACCAAAACGAAUCAACAUGAGAUGCAACUCAUCAAGGCACGCAGCACCGAGGUCCACCGUCAGGAAACGGCUUCCCUUACCCGGGAGCGUGAUGACGCCAUUCGCGCUCGUGAAGCAAGUGAAGCUCUUCUCCAGGCGGAGCGUGCAGCGAAUCGAGAGCUCUCCAAUGAGAUCAAUGCUCUGCGCAUACAACACGAAACGAGUGGAGCGGCGGAGCGGGCCAACACGCAUAUUUUGCAGUUUGAACUGGACCGUGCCAAGGUGUUGACUCGUCGCCUGCAUGAGGCUGAGCUCAAUGCCCAACGCCAGACCGUCGCUAUGGAACACACGGCGGAGCAGUUGAAGGCCAAGCUGGGUGCGUAUGAGUCCAUCGAGCAACAACUUGACGACGCGCUCCUCAAUGUGGCGUCAGCUGGCCAUGCCUCGGGUCCGCUUAUGAGUGAUCGGGCGGGCAUGCGUGCGGUUCAGCUGUCACGUGAGGUAUUGGCCCUCCGGAAAUCUCUCGGUGAAGCGCAGGCUGAAGCAGCGCGCAUGCGCACAGAACUUGAGACUAGCCAAAGUGCAGCGGCGGCUUUGGAGCAGCAGCUGGCUCAAAGCGACCAACCAUACCGCUAUCUCACAGCGCGACUCCGCGAGAAAGAUGCUUUGGUUACAGAAUUGCGACAAGAGAUUCAACGCUAUCAGGAAGACCUGCAAUUAGCCCAGGAGCAGCAGGUUCGUGUGUGUGUGUGUGUGUGUGUGUGUGUGUGUGUGUGUGUGUGUGUGUGUGUGUGUCGCUCUUGA